CAUUGAGGUUGUGCGCCAUAUUGGCAAUCUUCUCCAUCUCACCAAGCUAACGUAGAGCAUGCAUCAAACCGGUUGUCGAGAAGAACAAUAUAAACAUUUUACAGCUUACAACGAGACUCAAAUACAACACCAUGGAGGCUGUCAAAGCAUUCAACGGCGAGCUCUUCUCGUUGAACGAGUACAAGCCUCCAAUCUCCAAGGCGAAAAUGACCAAUAUUACCAAGUCUGCAAUAAAAGCUAUAAAAUACUACAAACAUGUUGUCCAGGGCGUGGAAAAAUUUGUUCAGAAAUGCAAGCCAGAGUAUAAGGUCCCAGGCCUGUAUGUCAUGGACUCCAUCGUGCGGCAGUCACGGCACCAGUUUGGCCAGGACAAGGAUGUGUUUGCCCCGCGCUUCAGCAAAAACAUCAUCGGAACCUUCCAACAUCUCUACCGCUGCCCCUCAGAUGACAAGAGUAAGAUUGUCAGGGUCCUCAACCUCUGGCAGAAGAACGCCGUCUUCAAGAGUGACAUCAUCCAGCCGUUGCUCGACAUGGCUGCAGGACUUCCCCCUCCCAGUGUCACCCCAGUCAUGACCAGCCGAGAUGCUGCAGUCAACACGCCUGGUACACCAGCGACCCCGGCCACCCCAGCCAACAUCGUAUCCAGUCUGCCUGACUGGGCGUCACAGUUCUCCAACACAGACACUGUAGCUGCUGUGGCCCAGAUCCUGCAGAGUCCACACGGCCAACAGCUCCAGCAGCUGGUGCAGAGCCUGCAAAUGCAGCAGCAGAAGCCCCAGCCAUCUCUGCUUCAGGCGUUGGAUGCAGGACUGGUGGUCCAGUUGCAGGCUCUGACGGCCCAGCUCACUGCAGCCGCCACAGCCAACCCCAUGCAGCUCAACCCCCUGGAGCAGAGGAUCUCCUCCUUCAACAAGAAAAUGUUGGGCCAUUUUGACUUUGGGAACGAUUCAGAACGCUCUGAAGACACCAAAAAGGACGCCCAAUCAUCCCAGAUGCCCAUGGUGUCUGACUCCAUCUUCCACCAGCUGGCUGAGCAGCUGCAGCAGCAGAACCUGGAGCACUUCCAGAAGCAGCUCAUGGAGCACCAGCAGAAGUCCAUGAACAUGGAAGGGCAGGAUGGAAUAUUUGGGUCUGAGAACACGGCCAUGUCCCAACAGAGCAGCAGCCAAUCACAGCACACGGCGCCGCAAAACAAGACGGACGACUCAAUUGACAACCAGCAGCAGGACAUGGACCUGGAUGACGGGCCAGAGAUGGAGGAAGAGCGCUUCGAACCAGAGGACAAGAAGUCCAAGACGGUCGACACGCGGUCAAGAACACGUUCUAGGUCACGAUCAAGAUCUCCCAGGAAGAGACGGUCCAGAUCACGGUCAGGCUCUCGGAAACGGAAACACCGUAAGCGGUCGCGGUCACGCUCCAGAGAGCGGAAGAGGAAGUCGUCGCGGUCCUACUCCAGCGAGAGACAAGAAGCCCGCGAGCGAGAGAAAGAGCGCCAGAAGAAAGGACUGCCUCCCAUCCGAUCCAGGUUUCUCAGUGUGUGCAGCACCACUCUGUGGGUGGGACAGGUGGACAAGAAGGCCAGUCCGCAGGACCUCACCAACCUGUUUGAAGAGUUUGGUCAGAUUGAGUCGAUCAAUAUGAUCCCUCCUCGUGGCUGUGCCUACAUCUGUAUGGUCCACAGACAGGAUGCCUACUGCGCCAGACAGAAACUCAGCACUGGUUCAUUCAAGGUCGUCUCCAAGAUUAUCAAGAUUGCGUGGGCGCUGAAUAAGGGAGUGAAGCAGGAGUAUAAGCAGUUCUGGGACAUGGACCUGGGGGUCACCUACAUCCCCUGGGAGAAGGUCAAGUUGGACGACCUGGACGGCUUUGCUGAGGGAGGCAUGAUCGACCAGGAGACUGUCAACGCCGAGUGGGAAGCAGCCAAGAAUGCGCCAGAGCCAAUGAAGGAAGCUGUGAGCCAGGCUGUGAGCGUUGAACCCAUGACAGCCACCAACACCCAACAGACCCAACAAGCGGCUUUCAGCCAACAGGAGGCCUUCAGCCAACAGGUCUCCAUGAUGCCUGUACAGCUCCCUGUGGCUCAGGCUGUCCCUGCCGUGGGUCUUGUGCCUCCAUCCUUCCCUGUUUCCAUGGCGAUGCCCCCGCCAGGCUAUGGCCCCCUGCCCCCUUACCUCAGAGCGGGUUUCAACGCCUCCCAGCCUCCUCCAGGUUUCAUGCAGACAGCAGGUGUUCCUCAGCAAGCAGGCAUGGGCUCAGCUCCUAUAUCUCUGGUGCCGGCCUCCAUGUCGCAGGCUCAGGACAGCAUGAAGGACUCCCCAUACGGAGCUACUAUCCCGGGGAGCUUCAUGCCCUCUGCCCUCCCUGGACAAGGGGUCUUCAACCAGCUUCAACCUGGAGUCCAGACGCAGCAAGCAGCCAAUGACAAGAUGGGCCAAUCUGCUGACGGCAUGGAUGCAGCUGCAGAGUUAGUACUGCAAGGUAUGCAGAAUGCAAUGAGUCGUGGUAUGGGUCUUCUGGGGAUGCACCCCUCAGCUUCCCUUCCCCACCCCCUGCACCAGCAGGGCCUGCCUGGCCAGAGGAUGCCUGGGCUGAUGCCGCUGGACCUCCGGCCUACUAUGCUCCAGGGUGCCGGUGCCCGGUUCCCCCUCCUGAUGCAGCAGGGCCUGUCCCAACAGAGCCUCCUGGAAGCGUCCCUCCAUGCCCAGGCACGCGCCAGAGCGGCCUCCCAGAUGGAACGCUUCAACAGGGCCGAGGAGGCCUUCAACCGGGGGCCCAACCCCCCAAACGAAAGCAUGUCCAAGGCUGAGGAGGAGCCUUCCUCUGGAGCUGACGAUAGCCAGCAGGGAGGGGACCAAGACUACCGCUUCCCUCCGCCCCAGGAGAAGCAGAGCACAGGCCUACUGAGGACCCCUCCCCUUGAGCACAGAGAGUCCAUGGGUGGAGGAGCUGGUGGUGGGGGUUUGGGCGGAGGCAGACCUGCCCUGCUCCAGACCCCAGUGAGAGAGCCAGCUAGAGACAGCGUGGCAGGGCGGCUUCAGGCCCUCGCCGGCUUCACCCCCCAGACCUCGAGUCGCUGGGGGCCACUCAGAGGGGACUUUGAUGAGCGUGACAUGCGCAGCUCUCCGGCCGCGGUCUCCAAGGGCUUCCAGGAAGCGCGCCCUGGCUCUAACCAAGGGCAGAACUUUCCCAACCGCUUUGAGAACCAGAACCGCGCUGGAUCAGUAGGAGGGGUAGGAGGAGGAGUAUGUACUGGUGGUCCUGGUGGUGUUGGAGGGGGCCCGGCGUGGAGUCGUGGUGGAGUUGAUGCUGCAGCACAGUUCACUGAUGCUGACAUGCCCCAGGACUUGGAUGAGUGCCGGCGCCCUUGGGACAGGCAGCAACGGGACAGGGACUUUGACUUCAGGAAGGAGAUGAAUGGCAACCGGCGUGAGAGAGACAGCCGUGAGAAGGAGAGGGACCGCGAGAGAGAAAGGGACCGUGGCCGUGAGCGUGGCAACCGUGAACGAGAGCAGGAGCGUGACCGGGAGAGAGAGCGUGAAAAGGAGAGGGAGAAGGAUCGGGAGAGGGAACGUGAGAGGGAACGUAACAAGCGUGGAGCCUGGACACCCCUUCUUCCUCUACCACAACCCCUGCUCCCUACUCCUACCCUGACCCCAACCCUCUCCCUGACCCAAGGCAAACCUCAGGCCCUGCUGCAACUACAGUCCAAGCUUCAACCUAAACCUGGACUCCUAACUAAACCGGGUCUGCUUCAAACUCCAACUCUCCUAACUCGGUCAACAUCUCAUGUCCCAACCAAGUCUCUUCUUCAAGCCCCAUCCCAGUCUCUUCUUCAAGCCCCAUCCCAGUCUCUUCUUCAAGCCCCAUCCCAGUCUCUUCUUCAAGCCCCAUCCCAGUCUCUUCUUCAAGCCCCAUCCCAGUCUCUUAUUCAAGCUCCAUCCCAGUCUCCACCUCUAACCUCUCACCAGUCAUCCCAGUCUCCACCUAAAGCUCCACCCCAGUUCACCCAGUUUCCAACUCAAGCCAAGAAUGGAGCUCGCCCCGGUCCUAAGCCCCAGGCAGAAUUCCAUUCCUCUCCCCAGACACAUGUGUCCCCCAAGUCUGAGUCCUCACCCCAGACCCAAUCCUCUCCUCAGAACCAGUCACCACCCCAAAACCAGGCUUCCCUUCAGGCCCAGUUGCUGCACCCUGCCCAUUCCCCUUUCCAGACAAAGUCCCCUCCCCAGGGCCAGUCAUCAUCACGUGCACAGUCCCCACACCAGGCCUUGUUCCCACAGGCCCCCCGCACCCCAGAGGAGAUCACUGACACCCAGGGGGAGCCAGAGAAGCCCCGGUGGGCCAACGAGUCAGGGAAACCUCAGGAAGAACCUAUGAAAGAACCUGAACCCAUGGUAGAACCUCCAUCUCGGUGGGUCAAUGGAACAUGGUUGAGGAUGGACACUGACGCAGUGGCUGAGCCCACCACUACCCCGUCCCCCAAUCUUGCCCUCUCAAUGUCACUGGUCCUCACACACAGCCCCGUGGAGCCCCAAUGCCUGCCGGAGCCCCUGGACCAGCAGCAUCCCUCGCAGCAUGUCGCCUCUUGCUCCUCCACAAAGGAUGUAGACAAUGGACUGAGUGAGCCGAUGGAGGAAGCUGAGAAACAGCCAGUGGUAGAGAAAACAGACACUGAGGGGACAAUCAUCACUCAGUAGGUAAAGAUCAUUUUGUAAAGUUGUCUCUUCUCUGUACUCAUGUCAGCAACCCAAUGGACCCUGGGUAGUAAUUUCACAUAAUAUUGUCUGAUAACCUAACAAUUGAUUUUAUCUCUCACAUAACGUGUACUUCAGUAGAUGGCUCGCUAGCUGAUUAAAUGGUAGGUGAUUUUUUGUUUGUUUUCUUUUUUUUUCUUUUUUUUAUGCCUCCCUCACGAUUUUAAGCAAGGUGAACUUUUAAUGAAAAUUGCUUGCCAAAAUGUUUGAAUUGUAAAUGAGAAAAAGAGCGUUGACCUUCCUAUGGAAGAGUGUACGGAUCCUGGCUGUUUCCAAUGGAUUGAAUCCAGAUGAGGGAAUACUUGAAAACAGCUGUCGCUGGCCUGUUUUGUCUCUUCUUUUAAAUUAUGCUGCAGCAACGUUUUAAAUGAAUGCCUUUGUGGUGUCCUAUAUGCUUCUUGUCUAUAAGCAGAAUAUAGCCUACGUACAGUGAGACCAGUACAAUUGCUUCUAAAAAGGAACAUCCUAAAAGAUUAAAAACAUGACCUGUUAUCCCUAAAAUAAAUGUCUGUGAUUUGUGCAUCAUAAUGCAGUGAAUUCAAAGGACAAAGUAAAAAACGUAACAAAAUAAGAGGGUGGAUGUUGGGUGCAUUCUGUUUUAGUUUGAAAUAAACAUGCUUUGUUUGUUAA